AUGGUUGCCCCUUUACCGAUUUCACACGGUGGGGUGCAGGUGACAGUGAUAGGCAUUGUCUUUCUUCUUCUUUCUUUCUUAGCAAUCGGGCUUCGGCUCUGGUCAAGACGGAUCUCCUGCGCUUCGAUUGCAUUCAACGACCAUAUGGCCAUUCUAGCAACACUAUUCACCGCAGCUUUGAUUGCUCUGACCUCCUUCUUCGGAUUGGGACAUCAUGUACAUGAUAUUCCCAUUGAAACCUUUACUUUAUUCCAAAAAAUCAACAUAGCGAUCCAAUUAAUUUGGGCCUCGGCAAACACAUGUGUCAAAAUAUCAAUUCUCUCACUGUAUACCGCCUUAUUCCCCGGCAGGAAGUUCGCCAGAAUUUGCUAUACCGUUGCCGCCUUCUCUAUCGCGUUCUGGAUCAGUGUUGUUCUAGAAGGGUUUGUUCUCUGUACACCCGUGCAGUUCAAUUGGGACAGAACCGUUCCUAAUGGUGUUUGUGCUCGGCAAGACAUCGCUUAUCUGCUUGCCGGUAUCAUGAACCUUCUAAUUGAUGCGAUCGUGGUGUCAUUGCCCGUGAAUUUGCUACUGGGGUUGAAGAUGCCUCUUCAGAAGAAACUGGGCGUCAUCGCAAUGUUCAGCCUUGGAAUGAUUAUCUGCAUCAUUACCCUUCGGCGGAUAAUCCUUAUACGUGCCUACUACCACCUGACCGACAAAACGUAUAACACAACAAAAAUUACCACGUACUCGAUUUUGGAGCCGACCCUUGGAGUAAUGAACUCUUGUCUUCCAGUCAUGAAGCCUGCAUUGGCUAGAAUUUAUCGCGCCGUUCGUCGAACGCCUAGAGAGACUAACAAUACUGCUACAGACUUAGCUGGAUUCGCCAACCGAAGCACACAAAAUAGGGGGACUUUUAAGAGAUUUGAUGAUUGCAGCCUUUUCCACAUCAGUGAGGACACACUUCUCAAUGCAACUAUCCAGGCAGAUAAAACAACUGCAAACGCGUCCGUGCCAGACCCGAUCAUCGCUACCAAACACUGCGCAAUUGAUCCACUGUGA